CGCGCAAUACUCCGGCAGAACAUUUCAACACAUUUCAGCACAUUUAGAUACAUUUGGAUGCCAUUCGGCGACUGUUUUGCGAAACGCAAAAGCAAUCGGGCGCAGCAAACCAACCAGAGCAGUGAAUGCGCAUGAGCAACAGCAGCAGCAGCAGCUGUGUUGGGCUUCUCCUGGGUUGCUCGCGGGUGUCAAGGGGGCGUCUGCCCUGGGGCGCUAGCCGAGAGCCUGGGAGAGAAAAUUCGUUGAAUCUUCACUCCGCCUCACUCCCUCCUCCAUCAACCCUCUUCAUUGUGAAGAUUCAUCCCCCAUCCCGCCGACGGUCUCAGUGUACACCCACUCGAGCCGUUCGCCGAUUUCACAGAGUUUUCUGUCGAAAUCCCUGCCCAGAGGCACCUGUCGAGGCUCUUUCACCUUCCUCGUGAAAGUGUCGCUCUGACAGCCUGAGUCGCCCUUUUUUUAGGAGCGCCAGACUUUUCUUCCCUUCCUUUGCCCCCCAUCCCGCGGGUACACUCCUUUGCACCCCGCAGUGUCCCCCAGAGUUGCGCUCUCGCGACCCCC